AUGCUGGCCGGCUCGGCCGUGAUCCUUGAGCGGGUUUGGGGCAUUCCUCAGCACGCGUCUGCGAAGCUCAACUUGCAGCGGAUCCCCAGCUCGACGUCGGUCUUGGAGUGCUUCUGCAAGGUCGCCGAGCACAUGCAGCAGAACAUCAAUGACGAAGCCUUCGACCGGGUGCUCUCACAGAUGUCCUGCCACGACAUCAAGCAAAUUUUGCUCGCAUUAAAACUGCUCUCACAGGAGUUGGAGGUCGAAAGGAUGAGAGCCAUGCGAAUCUCCAUCGUGCCACAAACCCAUUCCGGCGACCACUUUGUGAAGUCGAAGUCGCCAAAAUCGGCGGACGGUCAAAGUCCUGUGUCGAGUGUACCAGAUCCUCAAGAAGGUGUUCCUGAAGGAAACCAUGCCAGAGGAGGCGUACAAGAUGGCACAGAAGAGGCUCCAGUACAAUUGGUCCAACAUGACGCACUCGCUGAUGUCCAAGAGGAAGAUGUGAAGGUGGCAGUCGAUGAGCGUCAUGCUCCUGACGACCCUCCUGAAGGGAUGCCGGUCGUGUCGAUGGCGUGCUAA